AUGGACAAGAUCGAGUUUCAGGAUAGAUUUGACCGUGGCUCCAAGGGAUUGGUGGAUCUGGCUGAGUGGGAAUUCUUCGCCUUUAGCCAGAUCUCGCCUCUCGAAAUACGUGGCGGUAUCAAUUGGACCGGGGGCGUGACCUGCACAUCAGGCUGGACCUGCGUAGAGCAGAACCCUUACUAUUCCCAAUGCCUGCAAGCUACCAGCCUUCCUUCUUCAUCUCAGUCUGCGACGUCUUCACCACCGGUCGCCCCACCCGCCUCACCUAGUCCGUCUCCGUCCAGCAGCCCGACAAGUGCUAGCAACCCAGCAACCUCCACGAGCCCAGCGUCCAGUAGCGGAGGCCCGACGUACAAGGCGUCGUUCACCCACUACGGAUCUGGCGACAGCUUCGGCUCCCCGAACUGCAACACCAACACGGCGGCGUGCUUCUUCUACACCUCGCCAGGCUUCAGCGCGGCUGUGUCUCAAAACCUCUAUGGCGCUGGACCGGGUCAAGGCCAGGGCCCCGCGUGCGGGACGUGCUGGAAGCUGGUCGGCGAGACCGACUCGUCGGGUAACACCCUCAGCAAUGCAGGAACGAGCAUCGUGGUCAUGAUCAACAACCUCUGCCCGGCCGACGGGAACCCGCUGUGCGCCCAGAACGGUCUCUCGGGUACCAACCAGUAUGGCGCCAACGUCAACUUUGACCUCUGCAGCGACAGCGGCGCUUCGGAGGCAUUCUUCGGAAAUAGUGGCGUGGGCCUUGCUGUCGGUACGGCCACACAGAUUGAUUGUUCUGAGUGGACGGGCACUGUCGUCCAUUAA